GAUAAUGCUCGAUUCUGCGAUAGUCGACGUGAGGUAGAAUAUCAGAGCGCUGAGUCACCUGCAGGGCUGCAACAAGUUGAUGACGGCAUUGCCGGAAUGGGCCGAGGUGACCAGCAGACAAUAUCGUUAUCAAACCAUUAGUUGACAGAAUUAGUACCAACUGUCACUAUUUGCUAGAUUUCAGACCGAGAUAUGAAACAAAAUUGCUCCUGUCGAUGAAUGAACCUCUAAUUAUGAUUCGACCACACAGGAUUGCACUGUCGAUCCCAGAUAUACUCUCAGCCUCACGAAUUGCACUUCACUAGCUCGGUUAUCCUUGUCCAUUAAUAUAGAAUGCACGAAGACCGUUUCAAAUGAAGCGUUGGUGGUAUUCUCUUCUCUACCCAGCUACACGACAAACGAAACCUCGGCAAGCCGCCUGAACGUAUCUAUGUGCACUCCCAUCUCUCGUUGCCCUUGCUUGAAUGACAAAGUACUGUUUCGGUUCGUUGAUUCUUUUACUCGUUCUUCUGGGCAGCUCGCUCCUCUUCGAGCUUGAUGUAGUAGUUGUCGCGGGCGUUGGUUCGGGGCAUGUGGAAGCCGUACCUGGUUCGGAAUGUUGGCCAUGACGAAGCCGGAGCCUACAAUAUUGCUAGUCAGCUAGGUGCAUUCCAACCAACCACAUGAUUCGAAUUGUCAGCUCCUCGAAACAUCCUCCUCUUAGAAUAUGUAAUUGCCGAUUCAUGGAAUCCGAAUCAAUCUACCAGAAAAAUCGACGUACCGAGUGCGAUGCUGAGGUCCAGGACGAGGUUUCGUCGGAGCAUCUAGCACAAUUGUCAGUCCACGAAAAGCUCUGGUACCGGGAGGCUCAGGCUCCUCUGGCCCGGUCGAGUGUCAAAAGCGAGCCAUUGAGUCGAAGGAAACAUACACCGGUGAUGGGUCGGACGGCCAUUGUGACUAGUUUACUUUUGCGAAGCUGUUCGGGCGAAGGAGCGAGGCUCUCGAGAAAGUAUAGAGGUGCUGGGAAGUUUCGAUGUGGUCAAGCAGUUCCAAGUUGAUUCCGAAGAUGGGCUGAUGUUAAUCGCGCUAACACCCGAGUCACGUGCACGUCAUUCGGUUGAACAACGGCGAAUUAUGCCAAAAAGAAUCUCGCCCAUUGAAACGACCUCCAGCUGGAAGAUACAACAGGUAGACAGUGGUCGGUUUGCUGAACCCGACAAUAUCUGCUACCAUGAGUCUCCGACUUGCCGCGCGGCGGCUGGCAGUAUCAGGUACGACAACGCUCAGUCCGCUUUCUUUGCAACUCAAUUGGCCCAGAAGCUACAUGGACUAAUCAAGAGCGUUUCUCUACAGCAAGGACCGCACACCCUAUAUCUAGUACACCAGCUCCUGUUUUCUCUACUACUGUCGGACCCUCAGUACAACGACGGCAUAAAUGGGCCUCCAAUCUCUUCAAAGGAUGGGGCAAACCCCGGAACAAAGACGCUGGAGCUUCACCGGCACAGGACCCUACAUCUCUGCUCGACGACCCCAAGAGCCGUGAAGAAUAUCUACAGAAGAGCAUGUACAGCGGCGUGGAGGACAACAUUUUCCAGGAUGAGAUCGAAAAAGUUAGUACCGACACUACACCGGGUGCCCCCGAGAUCGAGCAAAAGACGAAAGAGAACAUGGCCAUGGUUGUGGACCCCGAUCCUCGAAGUCGAGUGCGUUGGCAGCGCAAGAAGGUUAUUCAGAUGGUUCGCCGCAACGGCCGUCUGACAAGAGACGAGAGCAUUCAGAUGUCCGAGCGCGAACUUCUGCACAAGAGCGAGUUUAUGCCCACAAGUGUCAAGAAACUCGUAAUGCUGGCCCGCCAGAUCGCAGGAAAGAGCGUCGACGACGCCAUCGUGCAGAUGAAGUGGUCCAAGAAGAAGAUGGCGGCCGAAGUUGGAUAUUACCUUGAGGAGGCUCGAGAUUUGGCUAUUGCACAGCGUGGUAUGGGACUCGGAAAAGUCAACAAUGAGACUCUGAAAACUCCCAAGAAGAUCCAAACAGUCGAUGGCAAAUGGAUCGAGAUUGAGGACCCUACGCGAAUGUAUAUCGCUCAAUCGUGGGUUGGGAGGGGCCCCUGGCGAGGGAAGAGAAUCGACUACAAGGGUCGUGGACGAAUGGGCAUCAUCAGACAUCCCAGCACAAGUCUAACGGUGUUACUCAAGGAAGAAAAGACAAGAAUACGAGAAUACGAGGAGCGUGUGGAAAAGAAGAACAAGAAGGGACCCUGGGUGCAUCUCCCCAACCGACCAGUAUAUGGACAGAGGCCAUAUUACUCGUGGUAGAACCACGACUGCCAUCCGAAAAUGAAGUUUAAAAAAGAGACGGAGUCUUCAGGCGUCGCCAGAGGCCACCAUGUAAUUUCUCAUAGAAACUUGUAAGAUAUGUACAGUGAAUGGGAUGCACUUGACUGAGAUUGAAGUUUACGCGCCAGUGCUAACUUGAUCGACUUGGUGUGGUAUGUUGGCUCUGGCUGUAUGCUCAUAAAAUAAUCGUCCGACGUCGAGUUAAUCCCAAUCUUGGUGCCACUCAUGAUUAACAAACCCAUGACGUCUGCCCUUCGCGGGUAUAGCCAUACCGUUUCAUGAAGCGAUAUGUGCUGGUGCCUCGCCGACUGGCUAAUAUCGGACUACAAUUAGAC